UUAUCUGCGGACUGUCUUACAACUCGGAGAAAUUUAUGCCCCAGAGCGAGAUAAAGUAAUGGAAAUUUUUCCCUUUUUGUGAACUGCGUGGAGAUCUGCAAUUUUUAGCUACUUUGACGCUGAACAUAGAGGAUUUGGUGUCAUUACCGCAGUGUAACUUUUACAAGAUGAGCAUGGCCAGUUCGAGUAAAGCGACUUUAAUCUUGCUCAUCUACGGGAUCUUUAUGCACUACAGCGUCUUCUGCACACCUCUUGGACUAAGUUACCCCAAGAUUAGACUUGAAAACGACGCAUUCGAUGAGGACGGGAAUUCGUUAUCCGACAUGGGUUUUGAUAGUGAUCAGAUUGCUAUACGAAGCCCGCCAUCCUUAAACGACGACGCAUACACCCUAUACUACCCACAGGAGAAGAGACCAGAAAGGCAUGCUGAGGAAGAAUUAGAUAGAGCCUUGAGGGAGAUCCUGGGUCAGUUAACAGCGAGACAUUAUCUGCAUUCUCUGAUGACAAUUCGUGCAGGUGACGACAACAGCAUGGAGGAAGAAUCAGAGCCCUUAUCCAAAAGACACUCAGAUGGGAUCUUCACUGACAGCUACAGUCGCUAUAGAAAGCAGAUGGCCGUGCAGAAAUACCUGGCAGCGGUUCUGGGUAGAAGGUACAGACAGAGAGUUAGGAACAAAGGACGCCGGCUUGCCUAUUUGUAGCGCUGUUAAGGCGCUCAAACUGCCCUCCUGUGUAUAUACAUCCAGUCGUUAAAUCGAAGUCAUUCAGAUAUAUCUGACC